AUGGAGAAGAUAAAAAUGUACAAGGAAGUGAAUGGAGUGCCUAUGCCGCUAUAUUAUUCGCAAGAAUCGUUUUUAUCUGGAAUGAAUUAUAAAGCGAAACCUGGAGAUUUAUUUCUCGUUAGUUAUCCUAAAUGUGGAACAACUUGGAUGAAUGACAUAGUCACGUUAAUCCUUCGUAAAGGUCAACCAUCCGAGGAUCCGUUAGAUUUUCUGUUAGAUUGUCCGUUUAUAGAAGGUGUGGGAGGAAAAUACAUAGAAAUGGCUAAACCGAAAGCCAUGAAAACACAUUUACCAUUUUUUGCUAUUCCUUUUUCUCCAGAAUCUAAAUACAUUUACACUACCAGAAACCCUAGAGAUUGCUGCGUUUCUUAUUAUCAUUUCAUGAAAUUACUUCCAUUUCCCCAGAAAGAAUUAAGUUUUCAAGAAUUUUUUGAGGCAUUUCUCCAAGGUAAUUUAGGAGAAGGCGAUUAUUUCGAUCACCUUCUCGGGUGGUACGAACAUAAAAAUGACAACAACGUUCAUUUUGUAACAUACGAAAACCUGAAGAAAGAUAUCAAGGGAGAAAUAUUGAAAAUAGCUAAAUUUAUGGGGGAAGAAUACGAGAAAAGUAUUUUGAAUGAUCCAACCAUAUUGGAAAAUAUUAUUUAUUACAGCAGUUUCGAUUAUAUGAAAAAGAGCGGCAAGAAGUACGUAGAUGUGUUUUUUCAAAAAGACAAAACGUGGCUACAAAACAAAAAUAUACCUUCAGGGAUUGUGAAAAUUGUACAAAAUUUAAAUAAAACAGGAAAAGAUACAAAAAGCGGGACUCUGGUUAGAAAAGGAAUUGUUGGCGAUUGGAAAAAUCACUUUAACGAAGAACAAAUACGAUUGUUAAAUGAAAAAAUCCUGGAACGAACAAAAGACAGCGACGUCAUGAAUUUAUGGAAAGACAUAAUGUAUAAGGAAGUGAAUGGAGUGCCUAUGCCGCUAUAUUAUUCGCAAGAAUCGUUUUUAUCUGGAAUGAAUUAUAAAGCGAAACCUGGAGAUUUAUUUCUCGUUAGUUAUCCUAAAUGUGGAACAACUUGGAUGAAUGACAUAGUCACGUUAAUCCUUCGUAAAGGUCAACCAUCCGAGGAUCCGUUAGAUUUUCUGUUAGAUUGUCCGUUUAUAGAAGGUGUGGGAGGAAAAUACAUAGAAAUGGCUAAACCGAAAGCCAUGAAAACACAUUUACCAUUUUUUGCUAUUCCUUUUUCUCCAGAAUCUAAAUACAUUUACACUACCAGAAACCCUAGAGAUUGCUGCGUUUCUUAUUAUCAUUUCAUGAAAUUACUUCCAUUUCCCCAGAAAGAAUUAAGUUUUCAAGAAUUUUUUGAGGCAUUUCUCCAAGGUAAUUUAGGAGAAGGCGAUUAUUUCGAUCACCUUCUCGGGUGGUACGAACAUAAAAAUGACAACAACGUUCAUUUUGUAACAUACGAAAACCUGAAGAAAGAUAUCAAGGGAGAAAUAUUGAAAAUAGCCAAAUUUAUGGGGGAAGAAUACGAGAAAAGUAUUUUGAAUGAUCCAACAAUAUUAGAAAAUAUUAUUCAUUACAGCAGUUUCGAUUAUAUGAAAAAGAGCGGCAAGAAGUACGUAGAUGUGUUUUUUCAAAAAGACAAAACGUGGCUACAAAACAAAAAUAUACCUUCAGGGAUUGUGAAAAUUGUACAAAAUUUAAAUAAAACAGGAAAAGAUACAAAAAGCGGGACUCUGGUUAGAAAAGGAAUUGUUGGCGAUUGGAAAAAUCACUUUAACGAAGAACAAAUACGAUUGUUAAAUGAAAAAAUCCUGGAACGAACAAAAGACAGCGACGUCAUGAAUUUAUGGAAAGACAUUUUUGAAAAUAAUUACAGAGGCGAAGAUGUUCAGACAUAUGCUGUCAGGUUGCAAUCGUUGGCUUCCGGGGUAGAAAUUGAUCAGGUAGGAGCAAAUGAUACCGAAAUUGCUAUAAUCCAGAGCAUAAAGGCCAAAGAACUAGAUGAACGAUUAAAAGUCCAGUUUUUAAAUGGGAUGGACAUUAAAAUUAGGCAAAGAGUUAUGUCUCGUGAACCUGCAACUUUCGACGAGGCACUGCAAAUAGCUACUAAAGAAGAGGCGAUAGAAUUUCAUACUACCGGACAAAAUAAUAGCAAGAUGAUUAGAAUUAUAAGCGAAGGAAAUAUCGAGAGAGUGGUUUCUGAAUCCCAUAGUCAAAUCAGAGUAGUUAGAGAAAACUUGCCGGACACAUAUUCCUCGUUUCCAGAUUCGUCUCCAGAGAAAAUACAGGAACUGCAUGCAGAAAUAAGCAUAUUAAAAAGGCUAAAGAAACAGAUACAGAAUAGAAUAGGCAAAGUGAGAACGCAACCUAAUCCUGUAAUCUUGGCUUAUAUCAAUAAUAUACCCGCGAAAAUGAUCGUAGACCCUUGUUUAGAAACUACUAUUAUCUCAAAAGAAAUUGCAAAUACAUUAAAGGGCAAAGCUCCUGUAAAAUUCGGAAUGAAAACAAAGUUAAAUGUUGGUGGAAAUCAGAUUCAGACUGUUGGUAUUGUAGAAAUAAAUUUUAAACUUAGAGGAUGCAAAUUUACUUUGCCAUGUAGAAUAGUGAGAUCUAAGAAUACCUUCCCUCGUGAAGGAAUAAUAGGUCGCGAUUUCAUCAACCAUAUCGGUUUAGUUUUAGAUUUUAAUGGUGGGAAAAUAACUAUGAAAAAUGGAAAAAUCAUACACUUUUGCUCUUCUAUAAAACCUUUCUCGCAACCAAGAAGGCAAUGGAGGAAGCUAACUCCCUUGAAAGAAGUAGAGAGCAGAAUUCCGAGGGAGAUUAAUAAUACAGAGGAACACAAAUCUCAGAAAGCAAAUAUAAUUAAAAUUGUUAGACAAACCUCUAGGUCUAAUGUCCACGAGGACCAUGUCAAGCCCAUACGAAGAAAAAGACGUUCCCCAAAGGAAAGAAAUUCCCCGAAAAAGACAAGUUCACCCGAGAGAGAGGUAAAAGAAUUAAUUCCACAACCUCAGAAGCUGAGUGAAGAGCAAUAUGAUUCAAAUAUGCUUGAUGUAGCAAUAAUGGAGAAGAUAAAAAUGUAUAAGGAAGUGAAUGGAGUGCCUAUGCCGCUAUAUUAUUCGCAAGAAUCGUUUUUAUCUGGAAUGAAUUAUAAAGCGAAACCUGGAGAUUUAUUUCUCGUUAGUUAUCCUAAAUGUGGAACAACUUGGAUGAAUGACAUAGUCACGUUAAUCCUUCGUAAAGGUCAACCAUCCGAGGAUCCGUUAGAUUUUCUGUUAGAUUGUCCGUUUAUAGAAGGUGUGGGAGGAAAAUACAUAGAAAUGGCUAAACCGAAAGCCAUGAAAACACAUUUACCAUUUUUUGCUAUUCCUUUUUCUCCAGAAUCUAAAUACAUUUACACUACCAGAAACCCUAGAGAUUGCUGCGUUUCUUAUUAUCAUUUCAUGAAAUUACUUCCAUUUCCCCAGAAAGAAUUAAGUUUUCAAGAAUUUUUUGAGGCAUUUCUCCAAGGUAAUUUAGGAGAAGGCGAUUAUUUCGAUCACCUUCUCGGGUGGUACGAACAUAAAAAUGACAACAACGUUCAUUUUGUAACAUACGAAAACCUGAAGAAAGAUAUCAAGGGAGAAAUAUUGAAAAUAGCCAAAUUUAUGGGGGAAGAAUACGAGAAAAGUAUUUUGAAUGAUCCAACAAUAUUAGAAAAUAUUAUUCAUUACAGCAGUUUCGAUUAUAUGAAAAAGAGCGGCAAGAAGUACGUAGAUGUGUUUUUUCAAAAAGACAAAACGUGGCUACAAAACAAAAAUAUACCUUCAGGGAUUGUGAAAAUUGUACAAAAUUUAAAUAAAACAGGAAAAGAUACAAAAAGCGGGACUCUGGUUAGAAAAGGAAUUGUUGGCGAUUGGAAAAAUCACUUUAACGAAGAACAAAUACGAUUGUUAAAUGAAAAAAUCCUGGAACGAACAAAAGACAGCGACGUCAUGAAUUUAUGGAAAGACAUUUUUGAAAAUAAUUAAAUAUGAAAUACAAUGACUUUUAUUGCAUUUAUAAAAUUAAUUCCGAAAUUCUAUUAUAAAGCUUAUUGUCCAUUAAUAAUAAUAAUGUUAUAUAA